UUGCUAUUUGUUUUGUUAUACUUUGUUAUAAAAAUGUUUUAAAAUAGUUUAACUUCCAGCAAAAACAUGUUUAGAUAUUUUCCUUUGAUUUCAAUGAUUAUAUAAAUUGAACUUCCUUCUCUAGCUGGGACAAAUCUAUUUUAGUGUUUCCUUCUACUUAAAACUGUUUUACAGCUGAGGUAACAGAGGCUCAGAGAAAAUUUUGUCCAAGAUCAAACAGAGAGCAAGUAGUGGAGGCAAGCUUGAAUCUCACUUCUUCUGACUUAAAAUUUCACUCAUGAAACUGUGUCAAGGUAAGAACAUUUGGCUAAGUGAUAAAAAUCUACAUUUUUGUGCAGAAUGUACUUUCCACUUUUCUUUUUCCCCCCUCCCCUCUCCACCUCUUCCUUCUAAUCCUCCUGCUCCCCCUCCUCCCCCCUUUUUUCAUCCCCCCCUUUUUCUUCAGCAUAGGGUUAGGUCUAUCUAUCUUUAAGUAACUACUUUUAUUCAUUUAAUAAUCUACCAGGCACUGAACUGGAUGCUGGGAACUUAAAGAUGACUAUGCAGCAGAUCCUACCCUUAGAUCACAGAGGCUAUAAACAGGAAGGCACUCCGCAGGGAUAAGAUUGUGAAACAUGGCUGAGGAUAAAGGCAAGAGAGAUUCCAUUGGAAUGAGUAUGAAGGGAGGCCGGACAAACAACGGGUUUGUACAAAAUGAAGACAUCCUGGAGACGGACCCGGACCCAGGCAGCCCAGAGGACAGCCCACAGCACAAUGCCGUGGACAUCUUUGGCCCUGCGGAGCCCGACUUGAAGGAUGUCCGGCCCUACGCGGGGAUGCCCAAGGAGGUGCUGUUCCGGUUCUCGGGCCAGGCCCGCUACCGGGUGCCCCGGGAGAUCCUCUUCUGGCUCACCGUGGCUUCUGUGCUCGUGCUCACUGGGGCCACCAUAGGCAUCAUUGCCAUCUCUCCGAAGUGCCUGGACUGGUGGCAGGCGGGGCCCAUGUACCGGAUCUACCCGAGGUCUUUCAAGGACAGCGACAAGGAUGGGAACGGAGAUCUAAAAGGUAUUCAAGAUAAGCUAGAUUACAUCACAACUUUAAAUAUAAAAACUCUUUGGAUUACUUCAUUUUAUAAAUCAUCCCUUAAAGAUUUCCGACAUGGUGUUGAAGAUUUCCGAGAAAUCGAUCCCAUUUUCGGAACAAUGAAAAAUUUUGAGAAUCUGGUUGCAGCCAUACAUGAUAAAGGUUUAAAAUUAAUCAUCGAUUUCAUACCAAACCACACCAGUGAUAAACAUGCUUGGUUUCAAUGGAGUCGGAACCGGACAGGGAAAUAUACUGAUUAUUAUAUCUGGCAUGACUGUACCCGUGCAAAUGGCAAAACCAUACCGCCCAACAACUGGUUAAGUGUAUAUGGAAACUCCAGUUGGCACUUUGAUGAAGUACGAAACCAAUGCUAUUUUCAUCAGUUUACGAAAGAGCAACCUGAUUUAAAUUUCCGUAAUCCUGAUGUUCAAGAAGAAAUAAAAGAAAUUAUACAGUUUUGGCUCUCAAAGGGUGUCGAUGGCUUUAGCUUCGAUGCUGUUCAAUUUCUUCUAGAAGCAAAGCAUCUGAGAGACGAGGCCCAAGUGAAUAAGAACCAAAUCCCGGACACAGUCACUCACUACUCGGAGCUGUACCAUGACUUCACCACCACACAGGUGGGAAUGCACGACAUUGUCCGCAGCUUCCGGCAGACAAUGGACCAGUACAGCAGGGAGCCUGGGAGAUACAGGUUCAUGGGGACUGAAGCCCAUGGAGAGAACAUUGCCAAGACCAUGAUGUACUACGGUCUGCCUUUUAUCCAAGAAGCAGAUUUUCCCUUCAACACUUACCUCGGUAAACUAGACAUGCCUUCUGGGAACAGUGUGUUUGAGGUUAUCACAUCCUGGAUGGAAAACAUGCCAGAAGGAAAAUGGCCUAACUGGAUGACUGGCGGACCAGACAAUGACCGGCUGACUUCUCGUCUGGGGAAACAGUAUGUCAACAUCAUGAACAUGCUUGUGUUCACACUGCCUGGAACUCCCAUAACUUACUACGGGGAAGAAAUAGGAAUGAGAAAUAUUUUAGCCACAAAUCUCAAUGAAACCUAUGAUGUUGAUACUCUUCUCUCAAAGUCACCAAUGCAGUGGGACAAUAGCUCAAAUGCUGGUUUUUCUGAAGGCAAUCACACCUGGUUACCCACCAGUUCAGAUUACCACACUGUGAAUGUUGAUGUCCAAAAGACUCAGCCCAGAUCAGCACUGAAGUUAUAUCAAGAAUUAAGUCUGCUUCAUGCCAAUGAGCUGCUCCUCAGCAGGGGCUGGUUUUGCUACUUGAGGAAUGACAACCACUCUGUUGUGUACACAAGAGAGCUGGACGGCAUAGACAGAGUCUUCCUCAUGGUUCUGAAUUUUGGAGACUUAUCACUGCUAAAUCUAAAGGAAAUGAUUUCAGAUAUUCCCACAAGAGUAAGGAUAAGGUUAAGUACCAAUUCUGCCUACAAAGGCCGUGAAGUUGAUACGCAUGCCAUUACACUGGACAAAGGAGAAGGACUCAUCCUUGAAUACAACACGAGGAAUCUCCUUCAUCACCAAACAGCAUUCCAAGAUAGAUGUUUUGUUUCCAACCGGGCAUGCUAUUCCAGUGUAUUGAACAUACUGUACAGCUUGUGUUAGGCACCUCUGUGAAAGAGAUGGCGACGCUGGCAUUCUGUUCUAUUGUAAGCAUUUGCAGUAACUUCACGUACAGCAGCAUGCUGCUGGGUGAACUUUAUGAUCGGUAAUUCUUAGAUAUUUCUGUAGCUUGAGUGAAACUGCUUUAGGAUAGGUUCUCAAAUGUUUUUCAAGAAUAAUAAAGUGUUUAAAAGAAAAUUAUCCCUUGCAGGAACUUGUAAUUUUUUUGAGUUAGCAUCAAUAAGAGAUGAUCAGAGCACCUUAGGACUCCAGAAUAUUAGAGAGAUCUAAUGAAUUUUAAUGUGAGGAAUAUCAUCUUCUUCCAUAAAAUGCAGGUACAGAAACUGGAGGAUGACUUAACUGCUAGAGUAUCUAAAAAUGUUCACUAGCAAAGAAGCAGGACCUUGAUUUGUAAACUGUUCAAAGAAAAUCAGAGUAAAACAAACCUGUUCUGAUGCGGGAAAGGGGAAAGUUCUGCUGUCACCAAUCCUUCCUUCACUCCCUUCUCUAUGUCCUUCUACAGAGCAUGGUUUGAAAACUACUUUCCUAGGUUAAGGGGCGUGUGCAUCAAUGGAGACAACGGUAUAAGCAAGUGAGCUGUAUACAAAACAAAAUCUGGACAGAGAAGCAAAUUUUAAAAAUUAUUUACUAACUUAAAAAACUCACUUUUGUUAAUGUAACUGGAAAUAUGACUAUGAAAUAUUUCAGUGUGUUUCCAAUUUCCACUGAAUGCAGCAUUUCAGAAUUUUAGAUAUUUCUUAAGAUUCUCGAAAACACUGGUGCUGUCAAGUCCAAGUUCCUCAUACAGGAAUUUAAUUUGGGCUG